AUGCUGGGGGCUAUUCACACGAAAGCUCUGAGCCGAGGGGCUUAUUUUAAGUCUCGCUGUUUUCGUCGUUAUGUGAGUACGCAGACACCUCUCGAGCUAGAUUCUACCGCGCGAGAUGAGAAUUACGCUGAUCUCAACUAUAUGUAUACCGAUAUGUUCGCGGGCAGUGACGUUAAGUCCCCUGUGGUGGGAACUGGCGGCAAGGAAGGGCUUUCUGAGAUCGAUCAAUUGAAUGCGGAGAUAUCAGAGACUUAUGAUUUUACAGCUCAGCCUCUAUCCGGACACGAACUGGAACAAGUUGUCAGGUCUGCCGGACGCUUUAUACUCAAGAGCCUGUCAAAUAAUCCAUACUACAACCUGGCACUUGAGGACUAUGUCUUUUUGAACACGCCCGUGCCUAAAGAGGGCCUUUUCUCAAGUGAACGACUUCUUUUUUAUGUAAACGACAGAUGUGUGGUUAUUGGUAAAAACCAGAAUCCGUGGCGAGAACUAUUCUUAGAUGAGUGUUCAAAAAAGGGCUACGAAUUUGUGCGCAGGAAAUCAGGUGGAGGUGCUGUGGUUCACGAUUUGGGCAAUGUCAACUACUCGUAUCUAACAUCCCGCGAUUUAUUCAGAAGGGAGUAUUUCAACAAGCAGAUUAUGAACUGGCUGGUACACGCAUUUCCUAGCGCUAGCAUUGGCCUGAGUCCUCGCGGUGACAUUAACCUCGAUAACAAAAAAGUCAGUGGAAGCGCUUUCAAGGUGGCUAAAGGCAAAUCAUAUCAUCAUGGAACCAUGCUUGUGAACGCUGACCUCGCGUCUUUUAGCGGACUACUAAAGCCGGACUUCUUGAAAGGUAUUGAAUGGAGUGGGGGUAGUGUUGAGAGCGUUAGAUCCCGUGUUACAAACUUGAGCCAAAUGGGCAUCGGUAAUACAGAUACGUUUGUGGACAUUUGUACCGAGGGGUUCAAAUAUUUGAUGAAUGAAAACAUGCCGGUUUACUGGGCAGACGAGUCAUACACCCGAAACGCUCAAAUUUGUGAAACGAUAAGUCAUCUUAAGAGCGACGAAUGGCUUUAUGAUAGUGGCCCCAAUUUCACAGUCUCUUUUAAUGGACACACGAUAAAUGUUGAGAAGGGAAUUAUUAAAGACUCAACCAUUUCUGAGGGGAUCGGGAGCCACUUCCGUGAUUUUGUCUCUCUCCUGAGAAAGAAUAAGCACUUCAAAACAGAUAUAGAGAUAUGA